AUGCGGUUCUCUCUCUGCGUAUUCGCUACUCUGCUCGCCGCGGCGACUGCCAUUCCUUCGGGUUUCGAGCCGGCAGCCCUUCUUGAGCCAAGGUGCCUUCCAGCAGGCGCGACACAAGUGCUUGUUGUAACGGCGAAUGUUAUGAAAACCAUGGCUGUGGUUGCUACCAGUGCUACACUGGCUCCGGAUAGUGUUUCGUUGAGAUCUACGUUGCCCGAACCCUCGAGUACACGCUAA